UUAUACAAAAUAAAAAAAAAAAAAGUCAGUCGAUAUUUUGGACGGAAUGGCAUGAAUGGGGUGUUGUUUGGUUUAGAGCGGCGAUUAAAUUGAUGACCACUUUCUUGCAAGUUAAAAAAAAAAAAAAUGAGGUUAUUGUAAAAGAUAACAAAUAAUGUAUUUUACUCAAUAAAAUAGUCAAGUAAUACAAGUAAAGAACAAAACAAUAAUAAUACAAAAGUGCUAUAAGCAAUUCAUAUCUAAAAAAAAGUGUAAUUUAAAGAAAAGAACAAAAUAUAUUUUUGCUCUUUCUUUUUUUUUUUUUAAAUUACCCCUCUCUUUUCUUUUCUUUUUUUUUAUUAUUAAUUUUGAUAUGUCAGGUCCACCUAAAAUAAAUACUUUAAAUUUAGACUCUCGUACAAGUAGUUCUUUGGGAUCACCAUCUCAACUCGUCAAGAUACUUGCAAACGACGCGAAAUCUCGGGAAAGAACAAAAUUAAAAGGUGUCCUCGAUAAAUUCAUGGGCAAUUUUAAUGACAUUCUCUCGCCUACAAUUGAAUCAACAGAAUCCGUAAUGGAUAUCUCCACACCUUAUAAUACAAUACAUGUCACUCAUGUUGGAUUUGAUCCAGUUACAGGUGAAUUUACAGGUCUUCCAAAAGAAUGGCAACUGUUGCUUACACAAAGUGGUAUCACAAGACAAGAACAAGAGAGCAAUCCACAAGCUGUGAUUCAUGCAAUCGAAUUUCUUCAAGGUAAUACACAAGAGAAAAUGCAAGCCAAUGUUUGGUCCAAAAUUCCUCAACAACAACAGCAGCAACAGCAAAGAAAAUCUUCUUCAAUCACAAGUAAAGCAUUAAAACGGUUCUCAUCCCUUCGAAUCACAAAAUCAAAAUCAGAUAACUUACUGAGAAAAAGCACCAUAGUAACACCCACUGCUUCUACUUCUUCUAUGGUAUCGGAUACUGCUAUUUCAAGUAAAAUGACAAAAAAACCACAGAAACAACUAGAAGAUGACUACUUGGAUGAUGUCCGUUCUUUUAAUUCAGAAUCGACAGCUUCAUUUAGCGAAGACUGUCAAGGCCAGCCUAUGCAUGAGCUCACACGCACACAAGAUGUUUUAUAUAAUGCACCACCAGGUACAGUUCGAUCUCGAGCACCCAAAGAAGAAAAGCGCAGCAUGAGUGAUGAGCAAGUCCUCAAACACCUUCAAGAACUCUGUAUCACAUCAGAUCCACUCUUGAUCUAUACGAAUAUGGUCAAAAUUGGUCAAGGUGCAUCAGGUGGUGUCUACAUUGCCUAUCGAGCAGGCAGUAGAAUGCCUGUAGCCAUUAAGCAAAUGAACCUGGAAAAGCAGCCCAAGAAAGAAUCCAUCAUCAAUGAGAUUCGUGUCAUGAAAGAGAGCAAGGCCAAAAACAUUGUGAAUUUCAUUGAAUCGUAUCUAUGGAAAGGUGAUUUAUGGGUUGUGAUGGAGUAUAUGGAAGGUGGUAGUUUGACGGAUGUAGUGACAUGUAACAUGAUUAUGGAAGGACAAAUUGCUGCUAUUUGCAGAGAAGUAUUGGAAGGAUUAAAGCAUUUACAUGCCAAUGGCGUUAUUCAUCGAGAUAUUAAAUCAGAUAAUGUUCUUUUAAGCAUGCGAGGUGAUAUUAAGCUCACUGAUUUUGGCUUUUGUGCUCAAUUACAUGAACCUCAAUCAAAACGUACAACAUUGGUUGGUACACCUUAUUGGAUGGCACCUGAAGUAGUAACACGCAAAGCUUAUGAUUCCAAAGUUGAUAUCUGGUCCUUGGGUAUCUUGGCUAUUGAAAUGAUUGAAGGAGAGCCUCCUUAUUUGAACGAAAACCCUCUUAGGGCGCUUUAUUUGAUUGCUAAUAACGGUACACCUGAACUCCAGAGUCCUGAAACCCUGAGCGAUAUCUUCAAGGACUUUUUGUUCUUGUGUUUACAAGUCGAUCCAGCAUUUAGACCAAGUGCUUCCGAAUUGUUAAAGCAUCCAUUCUUGAAAAAAGCAGAUCCAUUAUAUACAUUAGUUCCUUUAAUAAGAGCAGCCAAGGAUACCAUUCAACAACAACAACAACAACAACAACAACAACAGUAAAUACAAUUAACUUGGCCACUUUUCUCUUUCUAUAUGAAAAAAAAAGGUGGCUACAUAACCUAAAUACAUACAUGGCGACUUUGCACUUUUAUUUCUUAAGUUAGAACAGAAAUCCCUCUAUUUUAAGAGCAAGAAGCAAUAAAAAAAAUAGUAGAAAGAGAAACAGAGACCUUUGUUAAUCUAGUUAAGAAAGGCCAGUAUAGGAGGGAGAAUCAGCAUUUGCUGCUUCAGCAACAAUCUUUUGGUUUAAUGAAAUAUAU